AAUGCUGUAAUAAUUGUGGAUUUAACCUUUUAAAUUGAAGCUAUAGAUUAGCAUUACUUCUUAAAAUUGUGUUGGAAGUUCGUGGAAUUUGAGUGAACUAAACAUUAUUGGCAUGAUAACCCUAGUGUGUUUAUUUUUUCUUAUCCUAAAGCAAAGUUAUUGCACAAAUAGUGAUUCCCUAUGUUUAAAUUUGGAUGUUUCCAUCACUCAAAAGGUCGAACAUGAAGGAUUUCACAGAGAAAUCAGGUGGUUAGUAGAAACCCCAUCCCCUUCGAAAAAGAUAUGGAUGGAAUCUGGUUGUAAGCUGUCACUUAGACUCGAUGUCUCCCCCGGGAUGUACGUUAAUCCCGACGAGGUUGCAGAGACGAAUCGUACCCGAAAACUUUUGUUGCACAUCGACGGUAGCGUAGACGUUGAAGCUCCUGCUCAUGAGGCCACCGAACACGUUGUAUAUAUUUUUCUCAAUAGCAGUGACAUUGGCAGGAUAUCGGUCGAUCUACCCGUUCAUUUGAGGUACCAGAGAAGCCAGAUUACCGGUGGCUUUGGAAAAGUUCCUUUGAAAAAACCAAGUCUUCUUUCUUGGUGUCCAGAUUCUCUCGACAGAAUCUGCGGAAAGGGUUUAAAAGUAGAGGCCCCGUGUGACGAAACUGCUACGAGGUUGUGUGUGUGGAAGAAUUUUACUUAUCAAGCGCUAUUCGAUGAUGUAGAACUGUUCGUACCAGUUGGAGACCUGGACGAUUAUCCUUUGGUAUCCAUUGUUACGCUCCUGCUGGGAUGUGCAGGGUGCAUUUAUGUUUUGUCUAUUUUGUCUAUGACACAUAUUUAAAGGCUGUGAGGAAUUUUUUUCCUGUUUCGUUUGAGGGAAUUGUGGAAUUUCGUGUCAGUAAUUGUUCUAGUCGAAUCAAUUCAGUUUCUGUGAUAAGGUGACAAAUUUCUGGCUGACCGGUUUUAAUGUAACCAAAUUUGAAAUUGCUCAUAACCAUUUCAAGCAAUUUUUUGCAUAAUUAGUCACGAAAUUAAUUUAUUAAAAAAAAUUCUUAUAUAAUUUUCACUUAAUUACGUCACAAAUGCACAUUUGAAUUUUUUUGUUAUACAUAUGGAGUGUCCCAAAAUAUGUGGGCAAUCUCUCGGAUUUAUACAGGGGACGUUAAACUAACAUGACAAGUUACAGGCCCCUAAAGGACAUCCUUGAAAAUCGAUUUUUUUUAAUAAUCGUGUAAUUAAAUUAUUUUUAGGAAAAACAACAUAAAUAAAAGUGGCAUUUUUUUAGAUAGGCACAGAAAGAAUGCAAAUUUCAGCGGUUUAUUUCUCUUGACGGAUGUAAUAAAAAUUAUAUAAACAAAAUAGUUUCUUCUCGAAAACAGUUCAUUUUAUCGAUAUCAACCAAGAGUGUUUUAG